CACCACUUGAACAAUUCACCAGCAAGAGGUUAAGGCAGCGAGAAGAAGAUGGCAAAAAUCCCUCUCACGUUCUCCGUUUAUCUUCUGGGAGCUUUUCUUGGUGUCCAAAGUGCAGUGUUCUUGGAGAACAGGGAAGCAAGCGCCAUCCUGCAGCGGCAGAGGCGGGCCAAUUCCAACCGCCUGGAAGAGGUCAUUGCCGGGAACCUUGAGAGAGAAUGUAUAGAGGAGAAAUGCAGUUACGAGGAAGCGCGAGAAGUCUUUGAAAACACAGAGAAAACGAUGGAGUUUUGGAAGAUGUACAUUGAUGGAGAUCAGUGCGAUCCCAAUCCAUGCAAGAACGGAGCCAUUUGCAAGGAUGGAGUAGGCUCCUACGUGUGCUGGUGCCCAGCUGGGUACGAAGGCAGGAACUGCGAGAUUGACUUCACUUGUUCAAUUAAGAAUGGAGGCUGCAAGCACUUCUGCAGGCACGACCCACCGCACAAAGUUGUUUGUUCCUGCGCUGCUGGCUAUAAACUUCAUGAAGACGGAAAGUCCUGUGAACCUGCAGUGCCAUAUCCCUGCGGCAGGAUUACAGCUCCCGAAGCAAAGAGCAAGCUCACCCGAGCCAUAAACACCUUAGAGAACUGGAACACAACCUACGAUGACCUUGAUGAUGUUUCCGACGAGGAUCUCGACAACAUCACUGAAACCACCACAGCUGCCACCACGAGAAUUGUGCCAAUAGUCAAGACGGGCACCCGGGUGGUUGGUGGAUCCGACAGCAUGAGAGGCGAGGUGCCCUGGCAGGUCUACCUGGUGAACAGCCACAACGUGGGCUUCUGCGGUGGGUCCAUCAUCAACGAGCGGUGGGUGGUGACGGCCGCUCACUGCCUGCAGCCGGGCGACAACGUGACCGCCGUGGCAGGCGAGUACAACACGAGGGUUGAGGACGCCACGGAGCAGCGGCGGCGGGUGGUGCGCAUCGUGCCGCACCCCACGUACAACGCCACGCUCCACAAGCACCACAACGACAUCGCGCUGCUGGAGCUGGAGGAAACACUCCACUUCAACAGCUACGUCACCCCCAUCUGCCUCGGCAGCAGGGACUUCACCGCCAAGCUGCUCAAGUACGGCAUGGGCACCGUCAGCGGCUGGGGCAGCCUGUUCUACCGCGGCCGCGAGUCCAUCAUCCUCCAGGUGCUCAGGGUGCCCUUCGUGGACCGGCCCACCUGCCUCAAGAGCACCUCCAUCACCAUCGAGCUCAACAUGUUCUGCGCCGGCUAUUCGGCUGGUGGCAGGGACACCUGCGAGGGUGACAGCGGCGGGCCCUUCGCCACCGAAUUCGAGGGGACCUGGUUCCUCACCGGCGUGACCAGCUGGGGGGAGGAGUGCGCCAAGCCCGGCAAGUACGGCAUCUACACCAAGGUCUCCAAGUACAUCAAGUGGAUCAAGGACACCACGAGGCUCACGUAG